GGUACGUUGAUCAUUAACAGUGGGGGAAAAGAGUCCAAACUCAGCUCCCCUGUGGUCACAGUUAGGCCUCAAGGCCUCCUGCAGAAAUGUUGGGCCCUCGAAUCUGGGCCUCCAUGAGGCAGGGGCUGAGCAGGGGCUUGUCUAGGACUGUGAAGGGGAAGAAGGCAGUAGAUAUUGCCGGCAUCUACCCACCUGUGACCACCCCCUUCACCGCCACCGCGGAGGUGGAUUAUGGGAAACUGGAAGAGAACCUGAGCAAACUGGGCACCUUCCCCUUUCGAGGCUUCGUGGUCCAGGGUUCUACCGGAGAGUUUCCGUUCCUGACCAGCCUGGAGCGCCUGGAAGUGGUGAGCCGCGUGCGCCAGGCCAUACCCAAGGACAAGCUCUUGCUAGCUGGCUCUGGCUGCGAAUCCACUCAAGCCACGGUAGAGAUGACUGUCAGCAUGGCACAGGUCGGUGCUGAUGCUGCCAUGGUGGUGACUCCUUGUUACUAUCGUGGCCGCAUGAGCAGUGCUGCCCUCAUUCACCACUACACCAAGGUUGCUGAUCUUUCUCCAAUCCCUGUGGUGUUGUAUAGUGUCCCAGCCAACACAGGACUAGACCUGCCGGUGGACGCGGUGGUUACAUUGUCUCAGCACCCGAAUAUCAUUGGCAUGAAGGACAGUGGUGGAGAUGUGACCAGGAUCGGCCUGAUCAUUCACAAGACCAGCAAGCAGGAUUUCCAGGUGUUGGCUGGGUCAGUUGGCUUCCUCCUGGCCAGCUAUGCUGUGGGAGCUGUUGGAGGCAUAUGUGGCCUGGCCAAUGUCUUGGGGGCCCAAGUGUGCCAGUUGGAGAGACUCUGCCUCACUGGACAGUGGGAAGCUGCCCAGAAACUGCAGCACCGCCUCAUCGAGCCCAACACUGCGGUGACCCGGCGCUUCGGAAUACCAGGGCUGAAGAAAACCAUGGACUGGUUUGGCUACUAUGGAGGCCCCUGCCGUGCCCCCUUGCAGGUGCUGAGUCCCACUGAGGAGGAAGCACUGCGCUUGGAUUUCAGCAACAAUGGUUGGCUUUGAUGACAAGCAGGAAGACACACCUGGCUUGAGCUGUCUGGGACUCCUCUUCCUACUGCCUGAAGAGGGGCGGGGCAUUAGAAAUUAGGAUUUAUCGUAGUCUGUGUUCUACUGCUGUGAAGAGACACCAUGACCGUGGCAACUCUUAUAAAAAAAAGUGUUUAAUUGUG